CGGUGUGGGCGGAGCCAAACUUAUGUGUACGUAGCACUGAUCAUUUGUACGUAGACAAAAUCGACGUAGUUUUCUCUUCAUCCUCACUCUAGUUUGUUUCGGUCAUUUUUCUAACUGCGUCGUCAGCUCACUGACACAACCCGUCAGCAAUUGCAACGAUGGUCGCCAAACAGAGGAUUCGCAUGGCCAACGAGAAGCACAGCAAAAACAUCAGCCAGAGAGGCAACGUCAAAUCAACGAGAAACAACGUAGACGACAAAGUUUCGGUGGGACCAUGGCUCCUGGCACUCUUUAUCUUUGUUGUCUGCGGCUCAGCAAUAUUCCAGAUCAUUCAGAGCAUUCGAAUGGGUAUGUAACGAGGACCAAUGAUGUCUCAACUAUCCACUCCUGGCCAGUUCUGCAUACUGUGGCCAACUUUGCCAUGGAGCCUCUCUCAAAUGUUUUUUCUUAAUUUUAUUGAUUUAUCUUCUGUGAAGUGCAACAAUCUUGUCAUUCCUCUCUGGUGCCUUUUCAAUGAAGGAAAAUCAAAAAGCCAUAAAAAUGCAUUUAGAUCAAUUAUGUUAUUUUGUCGAUUUAUUUUAAUUUCAUGUAAAAAUCAUGUCAUGUUGCAAUGAGGGAUGUGGUUUAGUAAUGUCUGACUUCUCAUUCAUUCCUAGAAUAAUUAUGCUCAAAAUAUUUGAUGUGAGGGCAGAAGUGAUGCACCCCCCACCACCAUUCAAUCCAUGUAUCAGAUUUAAAAAUGUCUUACUAGUGUCAUUUCUAUGCUGAUAAAAUGUCUGUCACACUUUACAUUAUUUUCCUUUUACUUAUUUUGCUUUUAAAUUUAAAGGAAUAAUUCACCCAAAAAUAAUAAUCUGUACACGCACUCUGCGGGGAAGUGUAAUCAAGCUUUAAAUCAUCAUCACGUCAAGGAGCCUGCUGAUGUAAAUAUUUCGAGUGAAAAAGAAGUUACAUUUUGGUCCGUUUCUUGCCUAAAACUGAUCAUAUCACUUCAGAAGACAUGGAUUAAAUCACUCGAGUCUUAUUGAUUGCCUUUAUGCUGCCUUUAUGUCAUUUUUGGACCUUGAAAGUGUUGAACCCCAUUUACUUGCAUUGUAUGGAGAAGUCAUACGAGUUCGGGAUGGUAUAAGAGUGAGUAAAUAAUGAAAGAAUUGUAAUUUUUGGGUGAGCUAUUUAAUAGCCUUUAAUAGUUGCCUCUGUGUAUUCUUGUUCUUUCCAGAAUAUUGAACAUCUAACAGAAUAAUCUUAGUUCUCUGGCACAUGUACAGUAUUCUUGUUGUUGUGGUGAUGUUUAAGGAGGCUUAGCCAUUCCGCACUUGUCUCAGAACAUAUGUGUCAUGAUAGCAUAAUGGAGUAACGAGAGAGACUUUAAUAAAAUGUUUUAA